AUGGGAGUCAUGGCUUAUCCCUUCCUCUCCUGCCUUCUGCUUGUUCAUUUCGGAUUGGGAGCUAUUGGUGCCAGCCGCGAAGCUCCAAGUCGGCCGGAUUCCCCUCGAGAGAGGACCCUGAGGGCGAAGCAGCACGCCCAGCAGCCGGCUCGAGCCUCUGCCUCAGACCCCUCUGCUCCCUGGAGCCGCUCCACCGACGGCACCAUCUUGGCGCAGAAACUCGCCGAGGAGGUGCCCAUGGACGUGGCCUCUUACCUCUACACCGGGGACUCCCACAAGCUGAAGCGAGCCAACUGCUCCAGCCGCUACGAGUUGGCGGGCCUGCCGGGGAAGUCGCCUGCCCUAGCCAGUUCCCAUCCCUCACUGCACGGGGCGCUGGACACGCUGACACACGCCACCAACUUCCUCAACAUGAUGCUGCAGAGCAAUAAGUCGCGGGAGCAGAACUUGCAGGACGACUUGGAGUGGUAUCAAGCGCUGGUGCGGAGCCUCCUAGAGGGUGAACCCAGCAUCUCCCGGGCGGCCAUCACCUUCAGCACCGAGUCGCUGUCCGCCCCGGCCCCGCAGGUCUUCCUCCAGGCCACGCGCGAGGAGAGUCGCAUCCUGCUCCAGGAUCUGUCCUCCUCAGCACACCACCUGGCCAACGCCACGCUGGAGACCGAGUGGUUCCACGGCCUCCGGCGCAAGUGGAGGACUCACUCACACCGUCGCGGCUCCAAUCAGGGGCCACGGGGCCUGGGCCAUAGCUGGCGGCGCAGGGACGGGCUGAGCGGGGACAAGAGCCAUGUCAAGUGGUCUCCGCCUUACCUGGAGUGCGAGAAUGGCAGUUACAAGCCUGGGUGGUUGGUCACUCUCUCCGCUGCUUUCUACGGGUUGCAGCCUAACCUGGUCCCGGAAUUCAGGGGUGUCAUGAAAGUAGACAUAAAUCUUCAGAAGGUGGACAUUGACCAGUGUUCAAGUGACGGCUGGUUUUCAGGAACUCACAAAUGUCACCUUAAUAAUUCAGAGUGUAUGCCGAUUAAAGGCCUAGGAUUCGUGCUUGGAGCUUAUCAGUGUAUUUGCAAAGCAGGAUUCUAUCAUCCUCGAGACUUCUCAUUCAACAACUUUCAGAGAAGGGGUCCAGAUCACCAUUUUGUAGAAAGUGCCAGGGAUGUGUCAGAAGAAGUCCACGUCUGCCUGCCAUGCAGCGAGGGCUGCCCCUACUGUGCUGACGACAGGCCCUGCUUUGUCCAGGAAGAUAAGUACUUGCGACUGGCUAUCAUCUCCUUUCAAGCCCUGUGUAUGCUGCUGGACUUCGUGAGCAUGCUGGUGGUCUACCGUUUUCGCAAAGCCAAGAGCAUCAGGGCAUCGGGCCUUAUCCUGUUGGAAACAAUCCUUUUUGGGUCUCUGCUUCUAUACUUUCCAGUUGUUAUUUUGUACUUUGAGCCAAGCACAUUUCGCUGUAUUCUCCUAAGAUGGGUCCGCCUUCUCGGUUUUGCUACUGUUUAUGGAACUGUCACUCUCAAGCUUCACAGGGUUUUGAAGGUGUUUCUUUCACGAACAGCCCAGCGGAUUCCAUACAUGACUGGUGGACGUGUCAUGAGGAUGCUGGCGGUGAUUCUCCUGGUAGUGUUCUGGUUUCUCGUUGGCUGGACAGCAUCUGUUUGCCAGAAUUUGGAGAGGCAGAUUUCACUCAUUGGCCAAGGGCGAACAUCAGAUCACCUCAUCUUCAGUAUGUGCCUCGUCGAGCGCUGGGAUUACAUGACAGCAGCCGCUGAAUUUUUAUUCCUCCUGUGGGGUGUUUAUCUCUGCUAUGCAGUGCGGACGGUCCCUUCAGCAUUUCAUGAGCCGCGCUAUAUGGCCGUUGCAGUUCAUAAUGAGCUCAUUAUCUCUGCUAUAUUCCAUACAAUUAGAUUUGUUCUUGCCUCAAGACUUCAGUCUGAUUGGAUGUUGAUGCUGUAUUUUGCACAUACUCAUUUGACUGUGACAGUCACCAUUGGGUUGCUUUUGAUUCCAAAGUUUUCACAUUCAAGCAAUAACCCACGAGAUGACAUUGCAACGGAAGCAUACGAAGAUGAGCUAGACAUGGGCCGAUCUGGAUCCUACCUGAACAGCAGUAUCAAUUCAGCCUGGAGUGAGCACAGCUUGGAUCCAGAAGACAUUCGGGAUGAGCUGAAGAAACUCUACGCCCAGUUGGAAAUCUAUAAGAGGAAGAAGAUGAUCACAAAUAAUCCCCACCUUCAGAAAAAGCGGUGCUCCAAGAAGGGCUUAGGCCGUUCCAUCAUGAGGCGAAUCACCGAGAUCCCAGAGACGGUCAGCCGGCAGUGCUCCAAGGAGGACAAGGAUGCUGGGGAGCAUGGCUCGGCUAAGGGGUCCAGCGCAGGCAGGAAGAACCCCCAGGAGGCUGCGGGUGUUGCUGGGAAGCCCAAGGAGGAGUCCCUGCGGAACCGGGUCUUCUCGCUCAAGAAAUCACACAGCACCUAUGAGCAUGUGCGGGAGCAACCAGGUGGCCCGGGCAGCCCGCCCGCCCAGAGCCGGCAGGAGGAGGAGGCUACAGACAACUCUGUGCUGGGAUCUCCAGCGGGAGCGAACCGAUCCCGACCCCUGCAAGAGGACAGCCAGGCCGUGUCCACUGAGUCUGUGCCUCUGGUGUGUAAGUCGGCCAGUGCCCACAACCUCAGCUCGGAGAAGAAGCCCGGGCCCACCCGCACAUCAGUAUUACAGAAGUCCCUCAGCGUCAUUGCCAGUGCCAAGGAGAAAACGCUUGGAUUGGCUGGGAAAACCCAGGCAGCCUGCAUGGAGGAGCGGGCCAAAGCCCAGAAAGCUCUGCCCAGAGAGAAAGAGACAAACAGAAAAUACUCCAAUUCAGAUAAUGCAGAGACUCAAGACUCUGCCCCGCAAAACUCCAGUCAUUCUGAGGAGCCAAGAAAACCCCAGAAAUCGGGGAUUAUGAAGCAACAAAGGGCCAACCCCUCCACUGCCAAUUCAGACCUGAGCCCAGGCGCCACCCAGAUGAAGGACAACUUUGACAUUGGGGAAGUGUGCCCCUGGGAGAUCUAUGACCUGGCCCCGGGGCCUGGGCCUUUGGAUUCGAAAGUUCAAAAGCACGUGUCGAUUGCAGCUUCUGAAAUGGAGAAAAACCCAACUUUUUCCUUAAAGGAGAAAUCUCAUCCCAAGCCUAAGGCAGCUGACCUGUGUCAUCAGUACAAUCUGAAGAGCGUAGACAAGGCUGAGGUGUGUCCUUGGGAGAGCCAAGGUCAGUCCCUCUUUGAAGAGGAGAAGAAUUUGAUGUCUAAGACUCAGGUUCCCCUGGGAAGAGCUCAAGGUGAGAACAGUGGCCAUCACUGUGCAACCGGUGUGUGUGCUGGGCAGUGUGAAGAACUGCCUCCCAAAGCUGUAGCAUCAAGAGUGGAGAAUGAAAACCUCAACCAACUAGGAGAGCAGGAGAAAAAGACAUCUUCCUCUGAGCGAAAUGUGCCUGACUCCCAUAAUUCAAGUAAUAACUUUCAGCCACCUUUAAUGUCACGAGCUGAGGUGUGUCCCUGGGAGUUUGAGACCCCAGAUAAACCAAAUGCUGAAAGAAGUGUAGCUUUCCCUGCCUCUUCUGCUUUAAGUGCAAAUAAGAUAGCAGGGCCUCGAAAGUAA